AUGGCUGAUGAAAAUUAUACAAGGAUCACAGAAUUCAUUUUCAUAGGCUUAAAGUACCACCCUCGGUUACAAGUCUUCCUUUUCUUGCUCUUUUUGCUUUUUUACCUCAUUACUAUGACUGGAAACUUGGGCAUGAUUCUUCUAAUCCGGAUAGAUUCCCGUCUUCACACACCGAUGUACUUUUUCCUCAGUCACCUAUCAUUUGUGGACAUCUGUUUUUCAUCAGUGGUCGGCCCCAAGAUGCUCACUGACUUCUUCAAAGAAAGGAAAGCCAUCUCUUUCCUGGGAUGCGCCUUGCAACAGUGGUUCUUUGGGUUCUUUGUGGCAAUUGAGUGCCUUCUGUUAGCGUCCAUGGCCUAUGACCGCUAUGUGGCCAUCUGUAACCCAUUAUUGUAUUCCGUUGUCAUGUCCCAGAGACUCUGUGUGCAAUUGCUCCUUGGACCCUACGCCGUUGGAUUCCUAAACACCAUGACUCACACAACAGCUGCCUUUCGAUUACCCUUUUGUGGCUCCAACAUUAUCAAUCAUUUCUUCUGUGACAUGUCUCCUAUUCUUUCUCUUGUAUGUGCUGAUAUAUGGAUCAAUAAGUUGUUAGUCUUCAUUGUGGCUGGAGCUGUACUAGUAGUCAGCAGCCUGACCAUUAUAAUCUCCUAUUUCUACAUUCUUCUUGCUAUCCUGAGGAUCCACUCUACGGAUGGGAGGCGCAAAGCCUUUUCCACCUGCUCUUCACACCUAACAGCUGUUUCUAUCUUGUAUGGCACUCUCUUCUUUAUCUAUGUGCGACCCGGUGCAAUUUUUUCUCUGGACCUCAAUAAAAUGGUGUCAGUGUUCUACACAGCUGUGAUUCCCAUGCUAAACCCUCUCAUCUACAGCUUAAGAAAUAAAGAAGUGAAAGAUGCUAUGCGCAGGACAAUCGCCAGGAGGAAUUUUUGCAUCAAAAGUUAA